CCUACCUGGCACUUCCUGAUGUUGGUACCCAGAGACUGGCACCGGGCCCUACCCCUUCUGUUGUCGGCGGUAGAGUAGUCUACCCAUAGGACACCAAGCCACCAUUGCCAUGUUCCCCCUGAGUCUGUUAAUGAAAACGUGCGUUGCAAGGGAACGCGAUGCGCGUGGGAGAGAAUAAUAUCACGCUGGAUUGAGUGGUGUCUCGCGCAAGGUGCAGGACAGCGGGCGAAACUGCACAGCGCAAACCGGAUUUUUCAUAUUUCUGAGGAUUGUGGUAGAGCGUCGCUGAUUAUUGUACAGUGUUGAAUUUUGCAGAUAAACCCGAGGAAUUUACACUAGCUUCAUAGGCUACGGUCUAAUAAAGGUUGACUCAGACCAGUGGUGGAGAGGAUGUGGGCGUGUCCAGCAUCUCUGUGAAGAGUUCAGGGGUGUCAGAAGAGAUCCAAACACUAUGGGUCUUGUGUAUGAUGAUGAUGUCUGAGGUGCUGGGCUGAGAGCAUGUACAGGAGGAAUGGGCUCCCCGCCAGCGUCAGCAUCACCUCCGCCUCUCCAGAUGACAGCAGCAGUUCUGAGUCUCUGGAUGGGCGGAGCCUGGACUCUGCUAAGAGUUAUGACGCUGUUGUGUUUGACGUGCUGAAGGUGACUCCUGAGGAGUUUGCUAGCCAGAUUACUCUGAUGGAUGCUCCAGUGUUCAGGGCCAUCCAGCCAGAGGAGCUGACCAGCUGUGGGUGGAAUAAAAAAGAGAAGCACAUUCUGGCUCCUAACGUGGUGGCCUUCACACGCAGGUUCAACCAGGUGAGCUUUUGGGUGGUGAGGGAGAUUCUGACCAUUCAGACGCUGAAGAUCCGAGCAGAAAUCCUCAGUCACUUCAUCAAGAUUGCCAAGAAACUCCUAGAGCUGAAUAACCUGCAUUCUCUGGUUGCCGUGGUGUCCGCGCUGCAGAGUGCUCCCAUCUUCAGACUCAGCAAGACAUGGGCGCUCGUUAGUCGGAAGGACAAGGCCACAUUUGAGAAGCUGGACUUCCUGACAUCCAAGGAGGAAAACAACACACGCAUGAGAGAGUACAUCAGCUCACUAAAGAUGGCUCCCUGCAUACCAUACCUAGGGAUCUACUUGUUUGACAUGAUCUACAUUGACUCGGCCUACCCAGCGUCCGACAGCAUUCUGGAGACGGAGCAGCGGUCCAAUCAGAUGAACAACCUGCUGCGAGUCAUCUCUGACCUCCAGGUCUCCUGUAUCUAUGAUCACCUGCUGAUCCUCCUACACGUGCAGAAGUAUCUGAUGUCAGUGCACUACAUUGAAGAGCUGCAGAAGUUUGUGGAGGACGACAACUAUAAGCUAUCUCUGAGAAUCGAGCCUGGGAACAGUUCUCCACGCCUGGUGUCGUCCAAAGAAGACCUUGGAGGCCCCUCGGAGGUGUCUGCUUCUGUGAGGUACAGCCGGCGGCCCACCUGUCCAGAUACGUCAGUGGGGGGACGCAUGCCCACCCCCCCUCCUGCCCGCCAUCGGAAGAGCCAUAGUCUGGGCAACAACAUCAGCCAGUUUGGAGUGGCUGAGAGUAAGAGCGACACCUUCCCAGCGGAGAAACCACGCCACCUGCUGGAUGACAGUUUCCUGGAGUCCCACAGUCCUGUGCGCAACCACACUCACGACUCCGUCUUCACCAAUGGAGUCUCUCUAGGCAGCAGGGACAGCUCCUUCAGUGAUGAACCGUCAUCCGGUAUGGAGAGGGGCCGUAUGUACGCCACUCUGGGCCCCAACUGGAGGGUUCCGGUCCGCACGUCUCCUCGGAGCCGCAGUUAUGUUUACAGCAGGCCGUCGGGGGCCGUGUCCAGUUACGAAUGCAGCGCCCUGUGCAGCAUCACCAUGGAGGGGCCGCUGCGCAGGAAGACUCUGCUGAAGGGAGGACGCAAACCCACUCUGUCCUCCUGGACUCGUUACUGGGUCGCCCUGGCGGGUCCCACGCUUGUGUACUUCGGAGCGAAAGCUCUUCGAGCCAGUGAGAGGAGACAUUAUAAAUCGACACCCUGUAAAAAGAUCACUCUGACUGGGUGGAUCGCAGUACUGCCGGACGAUCCUGACCAUCCCAACAUUUUCCAGCUGAAUGACCCUGAUAAAGGAAAUGUUUACAAGUUCCAGACGGGGUCGAGGUUUUCAGCCAUCGUCUGGCACAAGCACCUGGAGGAGGCGUGUCGUAGCAGCCGUCCUCAGGCCCCAGCCAACCUCAUGUCAUUUGAGUAGCUGCCAGGAGAGGGCGCUGUUGAGUAUGAAGUACCAGUCUUCUUCUUGGGCUGGAGCACCCAGUGUUCCAGAGACCCGUGGGAUUGUUCCACCCCUCUGUGCUCCGCCACCCAUGGGAUCUGGUUCAAGGUCCUCUUCCCUUUGUUCAAAGAAGCGGAGAGGAGAUUAAGACUCCGCACCCGCUACUGUGAUAUGGUAUCCCAGCAGGCCUUUCACAGCUCCAGGACAUGGACCACUGCCAAGUGUCACAGUAGCCCUGCACACUGGUAUACAGCACCUAGGACGUCUGUGUACUCUCCACACACACACACACACACACACACACACACGCACACACACACACACACUCUCUUGCUGGGCCAGCGCCGAGCCUGGUUGUAAAUAAACUGUACAUAUCAUUCCAAAUGUUGUCUAAUUUAAUAUCUCUUGUAAAACAAGUGCCAACUGAUGAUGUGUUCCACGUUCAUGUUAAUCAGAUAUUCAUCUUAAAUAUUGGAUGGUGGUGACUGUGCGCGCACACACACACACACACACUUACAGACAGAGCUGCCUCACACACACACACCAUGGACACACAGGCCUCAUCACACACACGCCACUUCAUGUGACAAGGAAACAAGUCCAAUGACUGUAAAUGAAACAUAGUGAGGAUUAAAUGUGUGAUUGUCUGUAUUCUAAUGAUUAGUAUUUGUGGUGGUAUAACUGUUGACUAAGUGGUAGUGUAGUGUCUCUAUCAUGUCCAAUCCUUUCUUCAGAGUGUGAAAUAACACAUAUACACAAGCACGCACGCACGCACGCACGCGCGCACACACACACACACACAGACACACACUGUAACAAUGUGAUUGUGUGAAGGUGAUUGAAUCAUACAGAUGUGAAGGACUGAGUUUUGUAUUUGUAAAUAAAUCUUUGACUUCACCUCA